CACACUUCUCAAGACGUCCUUAAAUUCUUCCAUAAACCUAAAAAGCAUACGCAAUUUUCACCCCACUUUUUAUACUUCUCAUUAUUUGUUUAGGGUUCACUGUAAUGCUUCAACAUCCUCGGUUCCCUCAAUGUACGUACAAUCUCAGCCCAUGAACAUCCCUGGCCAGAUCGCCGACAACGAUGUUUCCGACCCCGCCGACCACCACCAUAUGGUUGCUUACGAUGCGCAUCCCCUCGACGACGGUGUUGGAGUCGAGGACCUCUCAACCGAUCACAUCUACGGCACUUCCGCCGCUGCUUCCGCCUCUGACUUGGCCGCCGUUCAACGAGUCGACAUUGCCAGUCAACUCACUCUCUCGUUUCGUGGCCAGGUCUACGUAUUCGAUGCUAUUACUCCUGAGAAGUUCCGCGCGGUAUUGUUACAGCUUGGUGGGUGUGAACUGACUUCAGGUCCCCAUGGUGUUGAUAUGCCUGCUCAGAACCAAAGGGGUGUUCUGGACUUCUCGAGAGGAUCUAAUCAACCUCAUAGGGCAGCCUCUUUAGAUAGGUUUCGUAAGAAGAGAAAAGCGCGAUGCUUUGAUAAAAAAGUCAGAUAUGGUGUUCGUCAAGAAGUCGCUCUUAGGAUGAAUCGAAAUAAGGGUCAAUUUACAUCUGCCAAAUCUUCCAAGAAUUCUGAAGGAUGUGAAAGCUCUUCUCAGGAUGAUGACAACCCUGCAGAUGCUAUAUGUAUGCACUGUGGCAUUAGUUCAAAGUCCACCCCAAUGAUGCGACGUGGUCCAUCAGGUCCAAGGUCUCUAUGCAAUGCAUGUGGACUUUUUUGGGCAAAUAAGGGAACUUUGCGGGAUAUUCCAAAGAAAGUGCAUGAUUCCCUUAUCCCAGUUCAACAGGGAGAAAGUGAAGCAAAUAAUUCAGAUUCUAGAAUUGCUAUCCCCACACAGAGCAAUGUAGUUCCUUUCUCAAAUGGUGAUGGCCCAGCUCUAAUUGGUGAGCACUGAUUGUGUCAAUACGGCCAUUGUGUCGACUAGGUCUUCAUUGGUCAAUUUUU